CUGGCGUCUGUUGAUUUUUCUUGGGGGACUGCUUGCCUUCCCUCCCACCAUAGCCACCAUCUCACUGCUUCUCCUCUCUCCAAUUCAAAGUUGAUCGUUUCUCGGUCUUGUUCACCCCCCUCACCACGAGUCGGGAUUGAAAGAGGCGCUAAUGGGAAGUUCUCAGAGCGCGACCCUUCCCGGCGGCAGGACCGGGGGCUUUCAUGUUCUUCGGGUGCAGGAGAACUCCCCGGGAUACUGGGCUGGUCUAGAACCGUUCUUCGACUUUAUCAUUUCGGCUGGUGAUACAAGGCUGGAUAAAGAUGACAAUGCCCUGAGGGAUCUAUUACUAGGGCAUGUGGAAAAGUCCCUCAAAAUGGCCAUUUACAAUACCAAGACACAGGCUGUUCGCGAAGUCAGUGCAACACCCAGUAAUCUGUGGGGUGGACAGGGGUUGCUCGGUGUCAGCAUUCGGUUCUGCAGUUUUGAAGGCGCAAAUGAAAAUGUUUGGCACGUUUUGGAAGUGGAGCCCAAUUCCCCUGCCGCACUGGCUGGCUUGAGACCAUACACAGACUACAUAAUUGGAGCUGAAGCAAUCCUCCGUGAGUCUGAAGACUUGUUCUCCUUGAUUGAAUCCCACAAUGGAAAACCACUAAAGAUCUAUGUGUACAACACUGACACAGACAAUUGUCGGGAGGUGAUUAUCACGCCUAACAGUGCAUGGGGUGGAGAGGGCAGUUUGGGCUGUGGGAUUGGCUAUGGAUACCUGCACAGGAUACCAAUCCACAAGCAUUUAUCUGAGAGAAAGUUAUCACCAGUUCUUCGAACUAGCCUGCCUUCUAGUCCUAUGGUUCCUUUUUCAGCUCCGAGUGCUCCUGCAAUGAGUAACAUGCCCUCAGGUCUGCCAAAGGAGCUAAGCGAUCUCAGGCUGGGAACAACAUCUCCUUCAGUCACAGGCACAUUCACACCAGCUUCUGUAGGUGUUCCAUUGUUCCCAGCCCCUUUGAGUGAACCUUUCACUGUGUCAUUAGCCAAUGCAACCAUCACCACUACUGUGCCAGGUAUGUAG